AUGUCCCAACCGAAGCUCAUUCUCCGGCCACCGCCGCAUCGCGAAUUUAUCCAGGGCUACCCCGGUAUCGUCGGCGCCAACGGCCGCCCUCCCGCUCACGUUGCUGGCACCGUUGAAGUCCGUCUCGGCACCAAGGGUCUCAAGGCAGCAUGGCUUCGUAUCGAAUUGCGCAAGCUCGAAACGCUACCGGGAGGCGAAAGCUGGGGCGAGCUGAUUGGUAGAGGCCCGAUCGAUGUGUGGGCAGCCAACAAGGAGGAUGCGCACAAAGCAGAGUCGGAGAAGGGUUGGGAGCUGCUCCAGACUGCCGACUUUCCCUUCCAGAUUUCGAUCCCAGAGGGACUUCCUCCGAGCGCCAAACUCGAGAAGAACGCCGGCGUCGGCUAUGAGCUCGUCACAUCGCUCUGUGUUCGAAGCAAGAAAGGCCUGCUCAAAAAAGAGACCACCAGCUCCAUCAUCCAAAACACGCAUCCUCUUUGGCUCGACAAGCACGAGCUGCAUUCGACAUGGCCCGUCUAUGCGACAACGGAGGACCACGAAGCCAUUCAAGACGAUAUCAGGGUCAAGGUGAUGCGCGAUCGUACUUGCUUCGGUCCUGGCGACAACGUUGAUGUUCGUAUCAUCCUUACCUCGGACCGUGUCUCUCCGAUCAAGGUCAAGAGCAUCUCGUUCUCGAUACGCGAAACAAUCACCUUCAAAGGUGGCGCCAAGAAGGCUUUCAGUUCCAGCAAGGCAGCAUCGCAGAAGGUCGAGACAUUGUCCACCAAAAGUAAGAGCCUCGGCAAGAAGGUCUACAAGGGCGACACGCACACCUUUGACCUCGCCUGCCAGAUCCCACGCAAUCACACCCUCAUGACCAUUCAGACGGCGAAGCAUAUCGAAGUCUCGUACACCUUGCGCGUGCAAGUCGAGACCGCCAAGAAGCCUAUCAUCAUUGAUCACCUGCCCAUCAUCGUGUCCAAUUUCACAAAGACGGCCAGUGACGCUCUCAUGGCCCGCAUUGGAUGGGUGCCUGGCCUGUCCGCCCCAGGAGAAUCUCUGACCACCGACACCUACGCCAGCGAUUACGUCGAGAUGCCUCCUUCCCGCCCGACGUCAACGCAGCAACCAACCAUCUCACGCUCCAUGUCGUUCGCAGACUCAACCUACUCCGGGAGCAGGAGCAGCUACCCUGGAUAUGCGGGCGGCGACCUGCGCCGACGCGACACGGUCAUGACGCAAGGCACGGCCAUCAGCGGACCGGGCAUGGCAGGCCGAGGCGUGCCUGGCCAAGUCUUCUCUUGGGGCCAGUAUGGCUCUGCACAGCCGUUCGGCGGUGGCGGCGAAGGACCUCGUCUGGCGUUCGCAGGGCCACCGAGCAUCUACGACGGCGGUGAGAUGCAACCUGAAGAGUCCCGUGCCAUGUUCCAUUCCACCAACCGUCCUCAGAGCGGCAUGGUCUUGAACGCUGUCGUCGACCCGGUCCUCGUGCCAACUUCGUCCUAUCACGGACACAGCGGAGCGGUCACGCCCAUCGUGGAGGGAAGCGAAGACGGUCACGCCAAUUCGAGCUUCGCUCCGUACGCUCAGCACGGACAUCAAGGGCAGAUGGACAUGAGACGCCACUCGCACCUCCCCAACACUGCGCCUUCAUCUGACUUCCAUCCUGCGCCGACCGCGCGCUACUCCUUGGGUGGCGCUGCCCCUGCAGGGAAUCGAUACACGGCGUCCCCGGUCGACGGGCGGAGUCCUUUCGCCGAGCAGGCGCCUUCACGCGGACCGAUGACGCCGGAGAUCGGCACCACUCGGAUUGUGCGACCCGAGCCGGUCCAUCAAUCGAUUCCUUCGCAGUUGCAGCCGGGUCCAGCGGCUGCUCGCGGCAGCUCAGGCUCCGAGUUGAACGGCGCCAUGACCUCCGCGGAAGCUGAGAAGCAGCAGCUGUACGAGCGAGCCCGACAGCAGGCGGAACGAAAUCAGCGCCGCGCUGACGAGCGUCGUGCGCUUCACCAGGGCGUAGCAAGCCCGGUCCGCGUCGCCUCUCCCCUCGCCGCUGCCGACAGAGAUCGACCCUUCAGCAUGUCCAACAUCGCAUCGUCCAGUGCAACUCCCUCAGCCGCGCCAACGCCACUCACGGCAGAGCAGGAAAAGAUGCGACUCUUCGAACGCGCCCGUGCCGAAGCCGAGCAAUAUCAGAGCUCCUACACGGACGGUAGCGCUUUCGGGUCCUCCAGCGGCGGUGCCGGCAGCUCAAGCGCAGCCGGCCCUAGCGCGCCGCCACAGCCAGUCCAAAGCACGGCCCAGAACCCGAUGGUUUCCGGCCGCGCUGCGCCCUAUCCGUCGUACAUGACGGCGGAAGAAGAGAAGCGGCAGCUGUACGAGCGGGCCAAAGCCGAAGCGGAUGCGUAUCAGCGAGGCGAGGGGUCUUCCGCCACCAUCUCUGGGCCCAGCAGCGCCGCACAGCCCGUCUCAAUGCAUCAGCAGGCGGCGUCGCUGAGCAACGGCAAUUCGGACAUCCCCGGGGCCUUCCCGAAGGCCACAACAGUCGUUGCGAGCGGCUCCUCCUCGGCAGCGGGUCCAUCAUCGUCCAUCGUCCCCCCCGCCACCACCACCGCCGCGGUGAGCGAAAAAGAGCAGCUGCGCCGAUACUACGAAGCGCAGUCGGCGGUCAACGCACGCCUCUCUGCGCAGACGCCACCCGUACACACGCCCGAAGUGGCGUCGGCCGUGCACCACGCCACGCCGCAUCAGCCGGCAGAUACGGUCCCCACGCCACCGGCGAGCUCCACCCCGCGUCCAGCGUUCUUCGCCCAGUCGUACCUCACCGAGGCCGAGCAGCAGAGUGCCGAGGAGAAGGAGCGGUUGGCGUCGCACUAUGCGAAGAAGACGGCGAGGGCGCAGGCGCGGUCUGCUGCGGCAUCGUCGGCCGUGGCGGCGACAACUUCGACGGGGACGGCAGGUGGAGCGGGGCCAGCGGUGGGGGAGAAAGCCCAAUUGGCCGCGUACUACGCUGCGAGGGAUGCGAUGGAGCACAACCUCGCUACGCAGGCGUCCAUGGCGGGAUCGUCGUCCGCGACCAACGGUACAGCUGCCAACGGAAGCGCGGUCAAACCAUCCGAAUCAUCCUCGUCGACAAACGGCGCCCCAGCAACAAUCAGCAGCACGUUCCGCAACAGCACAAACGGAACCUACCACAGCAGCGCAGACCAGUGGAGGCCCAAGUACAACUCGCUCUACGACGACGACGAUGGCGACGAUAGCAAGGCGGGUGCGGCUGCAGCCCCACCGCCGUUGCCACCCAAGAUUCCCAUCGGCUCCGGCUUCACCCAUCGGUCCACCGCUAGCACCGGCUGGAGCUGA